AGGUUAGAUCCGCGGCGCAUAAUUAAAGAGUGUGUGUCAGUAAAAUGGAUGGAAGAUAAGAUACAUUUCCAACCGGUAGAAGGAAGAAGAUAUGAGGAAGCCCAAAGUCUAAAUCUACGCGUGCCUAAUUUUAUUGGGCAAAAGUUUUUAAUACCAUAUACGUAAUGAUUCUGUUUUGUGCUGUGUGAUUAGACACGAGGAUGUUACUUUCCUCCACGCCCAUCCUCUGCAUUGCACCGCUCCACCUCAUUAAUGAAUUUUUACAGUCAUUCAAUCUCUGGGCAUUUUAGUUGGGUCUCUCUGUAUUACGGGGCUGCAGAGGAUUUUCACUGUACUCUGGUUUUGUGCUGAAAAUGGAGUGGGUUUUGAACAAGGUCUUUUUUCCAGUCCGGAAAGCUUUGCUUGGCCUUGCCACUCGUGUCAGAACAAGAAAAACUGGAUGGAGAUGCGGUCCCUGUUCCUCAGCUUUGAUCAGUAUAAGGGGUGAAAGUUGUCUUAGUUCUGGAGGGGGGCUUCUGAAGCUUCACAAUGAUGUGCAGACAUGUGGGUACGAGGAUGUUCAAGUGAUGUGGGAAAUGCUAAAGAAAACAGAAACUUCUCAGGAUUCUCCCAAAAGGAGGCGGCCAUUGUGGCGACUUUCUUCAUGGGGUAGCUGCAGGCGCACUUGAAUUAAUUGAACACAAUGGUCCAUGGUCGAACCUUUAUAAAAUUUGUGGCGCGACCUGGUCAUUUCUGUACAUAAAUACUAAGCCACUAUGAUAUAAUAAAUCAGUUAUUUUUCGAUACAUUUCACCCCUUCACAAUUUGCAGAGGAUGGACCACAAUCAUGGGUGAGGGUUUGGGAAGAACGUCUGUUGCUCAGCUUUAGGAAAGAGUUGGGAAAAUUUCCGAUUGAUAUGCCUCGUUCAGAAAGUAGAGUACACGAAUGAAUGUGUACCCAAGCCUUGGCAGAGUAGAGCCAAGGUAAAAGGAUAUGACUGUAAUGCUAUGGUUCUUUAUAGAAAUAAAUUUUGAUGGUUCUCCCAGUUGGGAUGAAAUUA